GUCUUCUCCAUUAUGAAUUAACCUCUCCACGAUGAAGUUGUCUGUCCUCUUGUGCAUCUUGGGAAUCGGUAUUAAUAUAUUGUUUUCAUUAUUAGGGACAUUUUUCAAGAGAAGCAUCGAAAAUAUAAAUGCGAAUUUGACUGCAUGUUUUUUCCCACCCCACAUAGCCUGGACUGGAUUCUGUAGAAGUACAGAAGUCAACACCAAUGAUGUCGAGAAGGUGAACUUGGAAAUUUCUCUGGAGCUUCCUGAGAAGACUUUCCUUUUCAACUGGACUCCAAAUAAGCAUCUGAUAUUGAAGCUGAAGUUGAUCUGUAAUGAAAUCCAAGUCCUAAUAGCCGCAUGCUGUGCAGUGAAGACACACCUCGAAGAAUUCAUGGCUGAACUCAAAACCUCUUUCCAUGUAAAGAUGAUCUUUGUCAACACAACCACAUUCAACUCUGACACUUUACGCCACAGCGAUGAAUCCUCUGGUUGUUUCCUGUGGUGUCCUGGAUGCGGGCAGCUGCUCCUCAGGCUGCUGUUGGUUCUCUGGAGAUCGGGCUUUCUUCGGAGCAUCCUGCGAAAGCUCCAUCAGAUUUGUCCAACAAUCCCACAGUCCAGCCACACUCGGGAAAAUGUUCCUUAUCUGAAAGGGACAGGAGAGGAAUUUCUCUUCCGGGAUGGAAAUCUCGCCGGCCAGAAGAACAAGAAGGGGGCUCCUGUCGCAGACCUGUCUCCUCCUGACAGCGCGUCACCGCACAGUCCCGCCCCACUCCACACCUGA